AUGGCGGAAACUGCAGUUUUAAAUAUUGAUCCCUCUACAUUGACGCCUUUGUCACCAGAGGUCAUCUCAAAGCAGGCGACUAUCAAUAUUGGUACUAUUGGUCACGUAGCUCACGGUAAAUCGACGGUCGUCAAGGCCAUUUCUGGAGUCCAGACCAUUCGUUUCAAAAAUGAAAUGGAAAGAAAUAUUACCAUCAAGUUGGGUUACGCCAAUGCCAAGAUUUACAAGUGUGAAAAUCCUGAAUGUCCCCGUCCUGGAUGUUACCGAUCGUACGCUUCCUCUAAGGAAGAUCAUCCUCCUUGCGAACGUCCUGGUUGUGGCGGCAAGAUGCAACUGGUUCGACAUGUGUCCUUUGUCGAUUGUCCCGGUCACGACAUUCUCAUGACGACCAUGUUGUCCGGUGCCGCUGUCAUGGACGCCGCCUUACUGCUGAUUGCCGGUAACGAAUCUUGCCCUCAACCUCAAACCUCUGAACAUUUGGCUGCUAUCGAAAUUAUGAAAUUGAAGCACGUCAUCAUCUUGCAAAACAAAGUUGAUUUGGUCAAGGAAAAAGCAGCACAAGAACAGCACGACGAUAUUUUGGCCUUUGUAAAGGGUACCGUGGCCGACGGCGCCCCCGUCAUUCCCAUUUCUGCUCAGCUUAAAUACAAUAUUGACGCUAUCAACGAAUACAUCACCAAGAAGAUUCCUAUUCCUGUUCGUGAUUUCACCGCCGAUCCUCGCCUUAUUGUCAUUCGUUCCUUUGAUAUCAACAAGCCCGGUGCCGACGUCAACCAAUUGCAAGGUGGCGUGGCUGGUGGUUCAAUUUUGAAGGGUGUGUUGAAGAUUGGAGACGAAAUCGAAGUGCGUCCUGGUGUCAUUAUCAAAGAUCAGGAAGGCAAGAUUCGUGCCAGACCCAUCUUGUCCAAGAUUUUGACCCUCGCCACUGAAAGCAAUCAAUUGCAAUUUGCUGUUCCUGGUGGUUUGAUUGGUGUUGGUACACAAAUGGAUCCUACUCUUUGCCGUGGUGAUCGUCUUGUUGGUCAAGUGUUGGGUUAUCCCGGCACCCUUCCUUCUAUCUACACUGAAUUGGAAAUCUCAUAUUUCUUGUUACGCCGAUUGCUUGGUGUCAAGACAGAUGAUAAGAAACAAGCCAAGGUUGCAAAACUUACCAAGGGUGAAUUGUUGUUGGUCAAUAUUGGUUCCGUCUCCACUGGUGGCCGAGUAGUAGGCGUCAAGGCAGAUUUGGCAAAGAUCGUGCUUACCGGUCCCACAUGUACCGACGUUGGUGACAAGGUCGCGUUAUCUCGAAAGAUUGAAAGACAUUGGCGUCUUAUUGGUUGGGGCAAGAUUAAGCGUGGUACUGUUUUGGAAGCUGAACCAAACUAA